AUGAGCGCUAAUUAUCAGAGUGUCAAUCAGCAACUUCCCUUACUUUAUCAGCAGGCUGUACAUAUUGCGGAAAAUGCUGUCAAAGAGGAUCAAAAUGGCAAUGUUGAAACUGCUAUCAAAUCUUAUUCAGAUGUUACAGAGAUUUUUGAAUCGAUUUUACGAUUUGAAACAAAUCAAAUAAAGAAAAACAAAAUCUGUGAAAAAAAUCAAGAGUAUAACAGACGUAUUGCUGAAUUAAAAAAUAUUAUUCUGCCAGAAUUGACAGUUUUCGGUCAAUUAUUGAAGCAGGCUAAGUCUAAAUCGGAUCAAGCUCUAUUACAUGAUAGACAAAAAAAUAAUCAAAAAGCUUUAGAAUUGUAUACGGAAUCAUUAGAAUUAUUUAUGAAAGCUAUUAAAGAAACAAAGGAUGAGUCGAUUAUAGCGAAAUUGACUGAAAGGAUGAACCAAAUGUUUGAAAGAGCUGAAGAUUUGAAAGGAUUACCGACCAAUUCUAUGUCUUUAUUAUCGCUUAAAUCAGCUAAUCCGAACGCGGAGAAUCCUUUGUUAUCUUCAUCAAAUUUUGGGUUAUCUAAUUUGGAAAUUGAAGUUCUUGAAAAAAAUUCACAAAUAAAUGACAAAGUCUUUCCUCCAUGGCCUGAAGAAAUAAAUGAACAAUUCGAAUAUGACAAACCAUUUAUAGAUGAUGAUGGACUUUUGAACUUGUCGAUAAUUCAGAGAGCAAACUUUGGUUCAUGGAAACGACCAUCUCAAAUAAUGGAAGAACCCAAAAUGAUUACAAUGAUUUCAAGUGCAGCAAUCAAACAAGAUAUUGUAACCGAUUGCUCAUUCGUAGCGUCAUUAUGUGUCAGUGCGGCAUAUCAAAAACGAUUUGUUGUUGAUGACUUACUUCCACUUUCUCGCGAUGGAACUCUCAUGUGCACAUUUUCAACGAAUAAGAACGAAUUAUGGCCAAGUAUAAUUGAGAAAGCCUAUUUGAAAUUAAUGGGAGGUUAUGAUUUCCCGGGAUCAAAUUCCGGAAUUGACCUCUAUGCGCUUACUGAAUGGAUUCCUGAACAUAUUUUUAUAGACGACCAAGACUUUGAAAAAGAAACUACGUGGAAGCGGCUCUUGGACGGUCAAAGAUAUGGAGAUGCUCUUGUUACUAUUGCUACUGGCUACUUAAGUGAUGCAGAAGCCGAUUCCCUUGGAUUAGUUCCUACGCAUGCUUAUGCUGUUAAAAAUCCAUGGAGUCAUAAAAGGUGGAUGGGUCCAUUUAGUCAUUUAGAUGACGUCAAUUGGACGCCUGAAUUAAUGAAAACACUAGAUUAUGAUAGAGAGAAUGCAUUGGACGCUGAUGAUGGAAUAUUUUGGAUUGAUUUCGAUUCUGUAUGUCAGAAUUUUUUCUCGAUCCACAUGAAUUGGAAUCCAGAACUUUUCCCCUAUACAGCUAUUAAACAUUCCACAUGGCCUGCAAAUGUUAGGUUGCAAAAAGACAGUUUGAAUUUAGGAUAUUAUCCACAGUUUUGCUUGGAAGUUACAAAUGAUAGUGAGCAUCCAUCUCCGGUUCGUCUUUUGUUGACCAAACAUAUCACCGUGACAGAAGAGAAUAAGGAUUACAUCACGCUACAUAUUUAUAAUGAUACAAAUGGAGAUAAGAUUUAUUAUCCUAGAACGCCUUGGAAACAGGGUGCAUAUGUAAAUAGUCCACAUAUACUGAUUUCUGGUCGAUGGACAAGUCAAACAGCCGGUGGAAAUGCAAGUAAUAUUACUUAUUUAAACAACCCGGAGUAUCGUGUUUCUAUAAUGCCACCAACGUCCAAUUUAUCGUCGGAUAAACCUCGAAUAUUAUUAAUGUUGGAAGGUCCUAGGAUGUAUGAGAUAGAUGUCAGAAUGAUAUGGAGCAAUGGAAAAAGAAUUGCUAGUCUUGUUCCCAAGGAUAUAUUGAUGAAAUCUAACGGUUAUCGUAAAGGAUUUUGCUAUUGUGAAAAGGAUGAUGUAAAACCCGGGGACUAUACUAUUGUUGUGUCAACAUUUGAACCUGGCAUUAUUGAGGAAUUCAUAUUAACUGUAGCAUCAAAUGUCACAUUUAACGUUACUCCUAUCCCACUCGAAGGAGCUGGAAUGUUCAAGAAAGUAAUUCAAGGACAAUGGCUUCAAACACCAGAAAUUAGGCCUACACCAAUGAUACAUAUCAAAAUAUUUGAGAAACUUUCAAAUCAUUCACUUGGUAAAGAAGUGGCUAAUUCCGGACAUUAUGCUAGUUUUGUGCAGGGCGUAUGCACGGAUGAUAUAGCACUUCCCUCAUCCGACCAAGGUUAUGUCAUAGUAUUUAGCACCUGGAAAAAAAAUGUAUCUGGCAAGUUUGUUGCUCACGUUUUUACCGAUAGAAAUGUAAUUGUUGAAGAAAUUGUUCGUGAAAAAAUAUAA